AUGAAACUGAAGUUAUUUUCCUAUGUUAAAUAUUCACCAUACAUUCAAUAUCGAAAACAUUCUACUAUCGCUAUCAGUUAUGAGGAAUUUGUCAAAGAAUUUGCGAAGAUAGACGGAGUCGUAAAGACACAGAGAAAUGCACAACGUGAUAUUAAAAUUGGAAUUAUAGGGUUGGCGAUUAGUGGUGGUGUUGACUCGAUGGCCCUUGCUGCGCUGUGCUUAUUGUGGAAAUAUAACGAGAACUGCGGUUAUUCAUGUCCAAACACAACAGAAAACUUCACUGUGCCAAAAUUCCAAGCUUUUGUAGUAGAUCACAGGAUCAGAGAUGGAAGCAAAGCCGAGGCCCAGGCGGUAUCCAAGGAACUUAUCAGCCGAGGUAUCCCCACAGAAAUUUUGACUGUAACAUGGCAUGUCGAAAAACCUAGUUGCCUUUCAAAUAUUGAAACUCUAGCCCGACAACAACGCUUUCGUCUACUGGGAGAAUCCUGUGCCACACAUGGGAUUGACUCUUUAAUGCUCGCUCACCAUGAAGAUGAUCAGGUAGAAACCAUACUUGCUAGACUAAUUGCCGGGCAUCGAGGUCUAGGACUGUGCGGGAUCAAAUCUCAUGCUGCGAUACCAGAGUGCUUUGGCAUGUACGGUGUACAUGAAAGUGGAGGAUCAAGAAAUAAGAGCAGCCUACAGGAACAAGUUACUCCAAGCAAAAUAACAGACAACCUAAGCAGCUGUAGUACUCAGCUACUGAUAGAAACUGGCGGUAUCAGGAUUUAUCGUCCGCUACUAGCAUUUAGCAAAUCACGACUUAUCUCAACAUGCCAAGCUCUUCAGAUGCCAUGGUUCGAGGAUGAGACCAAUCAAGAUCCUAAGAUAACAACGAGGAACGCAAUCAGAUAUCUCUACCGUCACCAUCAACUACCGGCUGCCAUUGCAAAGCCUGCCCUAAUAUCCCUAUCUGCGAAGAUAAAUCAGGAGGUCAAAAAAAAGCAAGAAACUAUUCGCCAGUACCUCUCAACGAUCCAAAUCUGUUCUUUUAAUACCCGUACUGGCACUAUAAAAAUUCGCUUUCCACAUCUACAUCGAAAUGCGGAACACCUAAUUGACUUAAGCGACACUGAAAUUUUACAGGUGGCAGAGAUGAUAUUGCUUAAAAUUGUUGAUAUGGUCAGUCCUAAAAAACAAAUUGACCUUAAUUCACUCCGAGGCGCUAUUUACAGGUUGUUCCCCGAAUUGUUUCAUCGAAAGAGACUUGCAACAAAAAUAACACGUGAUACCCAAAUAGCACAGGCUGCAUUUACCGUCGCUGGUACAAUAUUUCAGCCAGUUGAAUCCAAUAAGAAUCCAACAACUUUGAAUUCAAAAAUAGCAACCGAACUCAGCCUUUACGAUGUGAAGCCGAUUUGGCUUAUAUCUCGCCAACCACCGUCCCUGGUAAAAGAUUCCGACUACAAUAUAAUAGUGUCCAUAGGAAAAAGUUCUUCAUCCUGGAAUUUAAUUGAUGGCCGAUUUUGGAUGAUAGUCGAGAGUUUCUGUUCGUCGUUUGACUUAAUAGUCCGGCUGUUUCGUCCAAAUGAUCUAAAACCUCUUUCUAAUCAGUUAGAGCCAGCAACAAAAAAACUCUUGAAUCAUAGACUUGCCUCACACGCCCCUGGCAAAAUACGCUGGACUCUGCCCGCAAUAUUUUGUCGUGAAGCUGGUACAUUAAUAGAACUUCCUCUUAGCCUUCCCACUCUAAAUAUUGAGGUGCCUGAAGCUAGUUCUUAUGGCAAAUGGGAGGUACGUUAUAAGAAGGUUAACUUUGAUGGCUUAAAUAUGACAUGCUCGUUAUUAUAG